AUGAUCUGGCUUCUCGAGAAGUGUCAUGAGGAGCGGAUCCGGCUCGGCAUCACGGCGGAGAGCCAGGCAGCGGCGUCGGCAGAGGUGGCUAAGGCGGCGCGCUUGGACGCGGAGGCGGACGAGGCGGAGGAGGAGGCGGAGGCGGACAAGGCGGAGGAGGUGGCGGCCGUGGCGGCGCUGGCGGCUGCCGAGGUGGCGCGGGCGGAGGCCAGGGCGGCGCAGGUGGAGGCCAGAGCGGCGCUGGAGCAGGCCAAGGCGGCGCUGCGCGGGGCCAAUUUGGCGCUCGAAGGGAGUGAGACAGCGCUCGAGGAGGCCGCGGCUGCUGCAGUCGCGAGGGCUGCCGCUGCGGCCGCGUCGAUGGCCAGGGCAGUUGCAGCCAGGAUGGCGGCGGAUGCGGCCCAGGAGCGCUAA